GGGGAAAGUAAAUAGUGCCUGUAAGAGCCCCAGGCUGAGGGAGAUAAAGUGAAGUUACUGCACACGAUGCCUCUAACAGGCUGCUUUGGAGCGCAGCUAUGCAGCAUCUUUCUGUUUGUUCUUGCACAUGCAGAGGCUGGGCAGCAGGAGGACAGCUUGUACAUGUGGAUUGAUGCUCACCAAGCCAGAGUGUUAAUAGGCUUUGAGGAGGAUAUUCUGAUUGUUUCAGAGGGGAAAAUGGCACCAUUUACUCAUGAUUUUAGAAAAGCCCAGCAGCGGAUGCCAGCCAUACCUGUCAAUAUCCAUGCCAUGAAUUUUACUUGGCAAGCAACGGGGCAGGCAGAAUACUUUUAUGAGUUUUUAUCACUGCGAUCGCUAGAUAAAGGAAUCAUGGCUGAUCCCACUGUGAAUGUACCAUUACUGGGAACGGUGCCACACAAAGCUACAGUUGUUCAGGUUGGGUUUCCUUGCCUUGGAAAUCAGGAUGGUGUUGCUGCCUUUGAGGUUAAUGUAAUUGUUAUGAACUCGGAAGGCAAUGUGAUUCUUCAGACACCACAGAAUGCCAUCUUUUUCAAGACAUGCCAGCAAGCAAAAUGUCCUGGAGGAUGCAGAAAUGGAGGUUUCUGCAAUGAUAGACAUGUCUGUGAAUGUCCUGAUGGAUUUUAUGGACCGCAUUGUGAGAAAGCUCUCUGCAUGCCACGAUGUAUGAAUGGUGGGCUCUGUGUAACUCCUGGAUUGUGCAUCUGUCCACCUGGCUAUUAUGGCAUCAACUGUGAUAAAGUAAACUGCACAACACAUUGUCUGAAUGGGGGAACCUGCUUCUAUCCAGGAAAGUGCAUUUGCCCAUCAGGAUAUGAAGGAGAACAGUGUGAAACAAGUAAAUGCCAGCAGCCCUGUAGGAAUGGGGGAAAAUGCAGUGGAAGAAACAAAUGCAAGUGUUCCAAGGGAUACCAAGGAGAUCUGUGUUCAAAACCUGUUUGUGAACCUUCUUGUGGAUCUCAUGGAACCUGCAUUGAACCUAACAAGUGUCAGUGCAAAGAAGGCUGGAAUGGAAGAUACUGCAACAAGAGAUAUGGAGCCAAUGCAAUGAAUGCCCUAAGGCCAACAGGGUCCAGAAACAGACAGCACACGCCCUCACCAAAACGAACUGAAGACAGGCAAGCCCCACCCGAAUCCAAUUAUAUCUGGUGAACCCAUUCAUCUGUAACAUUUCUACAUUGCACAGAAUUCACAGCCUGUUUACGAAAGUACGGCCUGAGCUUCAGCCUGAAAACUAAAAACCACUGAUAUAUCUACUUCUUCUUUCCCACCCUUUGUGUGUGUCUUUAUAAGAAGCUCUCUGCUGUCCGUCAGUGGUUUCCAGAAUAAACAUAAUAUAUUUUUCACUUUUGCACCCCAUUUUAGGAUUUGUUUUUUAUGGACUUCCAACAUUGGCCAUUUUCAAGCACGGUUAAGGUCAAGAUGUUGUAGAUUUAAAUACAUUCAUUGCAGAAGUUUGGCUUCCAGUGGGUUGUUUAUUUCUUUGCGCUUGUGUAUUUACUGUAGUUUUGUAUUAAUUACAUUUUAUAAUUUAAAAAGUCAGCUCAUUAUUGUUUUUGUAAUUGCUGGCAGUGCCGUGGAUUCCUAUUGUACACCAGUCUGUGGGCUGACCCAGCACUACAAGAGAUUCUUUUCUGCUUUUUUUCAGAAUCAGUGCAAAGAUGAUCUCUUGGUAGAAAGUGGCUUAAGCUAAGAUAGUAUAGCAUAUUUUGCAGAGUAUGUAUUUACAUGUUUUGUGAGCUUCAAAUCAAUAUGAUAUAUUGAUAUCUUAAUAAAUAUCAUUGUUAUGUAUAAAAAUAAAUGCCACUUACUAUUGAAUAUCA